UACUCACCAUAUUUAAUAUUUCACUUCUGUGUAACACAGGGAAUGAUAAAAUGAUGUUUGUUAAUUUUCUUUUACAACAAGAUGGUUACAUUUAACAAAUUAAGCAUCAAGUUAGUAUAUUUCUUCUCCGCCUCCGCAAGCACCUGUGCUGACGCCACUCGGCACACAGAUUGAUGACGUAGUGCACAAGUGACCUUCACCAGCACAGGAAGUAGAAGUCGGCUGCUAUUUCAAGCUGAUCUGUUGAUACACUGUAUAAUACAGUACCAUAGAUGAAAAAUGUCACUGUACAGAAAAGUGGUCUGGUAUGCCAAGGGAUUGAAAGAAUUCACUAAACAGGGCUAUGAGGCAGCAGCGAAGUCCUUCUCUCCAUCUGACCUUGAUGUGGAUGUCACAGGUCAGAGCUUCAUGAUCACAGGAGCCAACAGCGGCCUGGGCAAGUGUGCUGCUUUGGACAUAGCCAAGAGAGGUGGCACAGUGCACAUGGUUUGCAGGAAUGAGGAGAGAGCAGAACAAGCCAAGCAGGAGAUCAUAGCAGCCUCUGGAAACCAGAAUGUCCAUGUUCACAUCUUAGAUAUGUCACAACCUAGGAAAGUGUUUGCAUUUGCCAAGGAAUUCCAGGCUUCGGGACAACAGCUUAAUGUUUUAGUGAACAAUGCAGGCUGUAUGAUCCAUGAGAGGACAUUAGAUGCAGAUGGUCUGGAGAGUAAUUUUGCAACAAACACACUAGGGACACACAUUUUAACAGUUGGUCUGAUUCCACUCCUCUCAAGACAGACAGGAGAAAAACCAAGAGUGAUAACGGUGUCAUCUGGAGGGAUGUACGUACAAAAACUUGACCCCAAAGAUCUCAGCUUUGAGCACAUGAGGCCAUUUGACGGUACUAUGGCCUAUGCCCAGAACAAACGACAGCAGGUGAUCAUGACAGAGGAGUAUGCCAAGAUAUAUCCCAACAUUCAGUUCUCCAGCAUGCAUCCUGGCUGGGCAGACACUCCAGCGGUCCAGUCAGCUAUGCCAGAGUUCCGCGCCAAGAUGGAGGGCAAGCUGCGGACAGUGGAGGAGGGUGCCGACACCAUCACAUGGCUGGCAAUAUCCAAAGCUGCUUUACAGCAAACAAGCGGGGCCUUCUUCCAAGAUCGUAAGGCAGUGAACACCCAUCUCCCUCUGGCUUGGAGCAAGUCCUCCAAGGAAGACAGAGCCUUGCUAAUGAAGACACUAGAUGAGUUGACCAAGAAGUUCUCCUCAUGAUGUAUUGAAUUGUUUACAAAUCAAAGAGGAGAAACGUACGCACAAGAGAGAUAGCUUAAAUAUUAGAUAUAUACUAUAACUGUAUACAAUAUGUCAGCAAUCUCUUGUUCUAAACAAGUGGGCCCUUCUUCCAGGGAUCCACCUGAAGUAGAUUUACAAAGGAUUUACAGAAGUUAUAUUUAUUUUUCAACUGUAACAGUUGUAUUAGAAAUGCCAUAUAAGAGAAGAAUCCUAGAUGUUCAUGGUGCUGUAUGGCCCAGAUGGCAAUUACGUGUUGUUACUUUCCUAAAAUAAGAUGUGAAUCAUUUCUAUUUUUUCAGAUGGUGUCAUAUUACAGUUAGCAAGUCAUUAUUAUUAUUAUUACUGCUAUUAUCAUUAUUAUGAAUGGCAAUUAAGAGUUUUGACUGAGCACAGCCUGUAGUACAACCAGAUAUUUAAAACCAUUAUUUUGUUGCACACUGUACUCUUCAGUAGUAUUGACUGACAGCAAUCAGGAGGAUGUAGGUUAGCAUUAUAAGCCCUAUUUAAUCAGAG